UUAACAAAAGCUGCUACUUUCAUUCUUUUUAACAACAUUGGUUAGAAAUAAUGCUAUACUAUUUUUAUACAAAAUAGUUGUUUGAGUACAAUAUAAAUAAGUAGUAAUAUUGAGGCAUGUAGUGUGAGUAGCAUUCUCCUACUAGCUGGAUAAUUUUCGCUUUAUUUCUAGUUUCAUUACUUAAAUGUUACUAGAUCAAUUUGUACGUGGGCACAUGUGUUUUUCUUAAGAAUGUACGAUUUCCUUGUUGAGGAGCAUUGAUAUUUCUGUUUUAUAUGUAUCCGUCGUACAGAUUUGAAGACGUACUAUUAUUUAAUAUAAAAUAUUAAUACGUUGCAGACAUAUAUAAAAUAAGAAUGGAUCAUAAUCUAUUUCGGGAUUAUUGUAAAGCUGAAAACAGCGACGACGAAGAAGCGAAUUUUGAUCUGCAAUCUCGAUUGUAUGCUGAAAUUUAUUAUGGUCCAAGGGAUAUAGAAAGUAUGGAUGUAAAACCAGUCAUUAAAUCCGAAACCGUUAGUACCGAUAAUGAAGCGUUACAAAGAAAAGAAAGUAUUAUUACAACACCCAAACGCAAUGACAAUACGAAAAAGGACAACUAUGAUACAAAUCACAGACAUUCAGAGAAUAGUUCAACAAUAAUUGAUAAUAAAUCAAAUAUUAAAGCUACUGUUAAUCCAAGUCAAACUGAACCAGUGUAUGGUGGCACAGACAGCCAAAAUAAUUUAAGUGUAUCUUCUAUAAAAACAUUGGAGCAUUCUAUAGGAAAUAUUGGGUCUCUAAAAAAUGAUGCAGAUUCAAUGAUGUGUCAUAAUGUGAAGAAUGCAAAAACUAGUUUAGACCACCAGAAUGUAAAAACAGAAAGAAAUGUUGCAGAACCAGAAGUAGAAACAGAAAGCAAAGAACAAUUAUCCUUGAAGCUUUUAAAUCCUGAAACACCUGUCCAAUCUUCUUGCAAUGAAGAAAAGAAAGAAGUAACGUGCACCGAAAGAAAUUCAAAUGAAAAUAGUGACAAUAUUUUAACAAAAUAUGAAUUUGCAAAAUUGAUCAUUAAUAAACUCUAUCUUAGAAAAUAUGUAGAUUUAGAGGAAAAGUUACAAGAAGCAGAACUUAAAGAAAGAGAGGAAGCAGAACUUAAAGAAAGAGAGGAAGCAGAACUUAAAGAAAGUGAAGAAAAAAGAAAACAGCAACAAACUAGGAACAGUACCAAUGUUGUAGAUGAAGCAGAUACAGACACUAGAUAUAAAGUACAGACUAAAAAUGAAAAAUCCCAAAAAACACCUGAUUGUUGUGAAGAAAUCGUUUUAUUGUCAGAAACAGAUAGUAAUUCUGAAGAUUCCAUUUUAGAAGUACCUAUUCCACCAAAGCCUCUACCCCCUGUUAUAAAUUUAAAUGACUCUGAUGAAAGUUCUGAUUCAUCAAGUGAUAGCGAUAGUAAUGUUGACCCAUUUAUUGUAGAACAUAAAAAUGAUACAUCAAAGAUUACAGAUGAUAAGCAUAAAAGUGACAAAUCUUCAGUUACAAAUACAGUGACCGAAGACAUAAUGCUAAAUUGCACAGAAGUUCAGAAAUGUGCUUCAAGUAUAGAAGAAAUAAGAGAAGCAAGUAAAAGUGUUCAGUCACAGCCGAUCUCUAAUCAAACUCAAUUAGGUAUAUUAUAUUACCCUUUCAGCGAUGACGAAAACACGCAAGACAUUCAUUUACCAUCGAUAUCUACUGCCAAUAGUAAUGUUGUGUAUGAAAGAGAUAAAGAUGAAUCGAUCAAUUUUGCGGAAGAUGUACCUUUAACGAAUUUCCUUAAUGAAUCACCUAAGGAAUCAACUUCAAAUAAGAGAAGGCGCGAUGAAACUGAUAAUGAAACUGGUAAUAAUGCGGAACAAAAUGAAAACACAGGUAACGAAAGUAAGCGUACUAAACUAAGCCCCGAGAAACCUCCUAAUAACGAUAAAAAUAAAAAGCAAACAUGGGAAGAAUAUUUCUUCGCUCCCCUGUCUGACAAUCUUAAAGCCUUUUAUAACGAAUCUCGAGGGCAAGAGAAUUUCGAUAUCAGAGAAAUACAAAAUAAAAUGUCAAGAGACCCAAGACUUUGGACUAUUUUAGAUGAAGACCUGAUACCUGACCUUGCGAGACAACAAAGAUAUUGGAAUUCAAAAUGUAAUUACUGUCAGUUCGAAGGACAUAGAAGACGCAACUGUCCAGAACUCACUAAACCUCCGCGAUGUCAUAUGUGUGGUAGUGAAGGACACACAGAAUCUCGAUGCCCUGAAAAAAUGUGCCUCACGUGCGGUAAAAAGCAAGGAACAUUUAGAAAAACUUGUGAGUCAUGUCGCACAUUAUAUUGUAAUAUGUGUAAUGCUGUAGGACACAAAUCAACAGAAUGUCCUGAUCUCUGGAGAAGAUUUCAUCAGACUACACAAAACUGUGACAUAGAGAUCCCAGAAAGUAUAUCCGACGUUAUGAAACCCCCUGAUUUACUCUACUGUUGUAAUUGUACAAAACGCGGUCAUGAUUCUUCGACCUGUAACGAAUAUAGAUGGUCGCAGCAUUUUCCAACACCGGCGUAUGUAUCGAAUUAUGUAGAUGGACCGAAAUGUGAAAAUCCUCCACCUGCUGUAAGCAGUAAGAGUGAAGAUGUCAUUCCGCUGGCAGCGAAAAAUAAGAAACAUAAGUUUAUGUCAUUUCUUCAAGGUCAAGAAAACCUUGAUGGUUGUUUUGUUGUGUAUUCGUAUGGAGCUUUCUAUAUAAAAGAACCAAAGGGCGAAGAGGUUAAGAGAAAUCUUGUGGGCGAUCAAAUUCAUGCUUCUCAGUUGACAAACUUCUUAAAGGGUCGUAUUGUUCCAACAUUUUUGGACCAAAUAAAAAAAAUAAUGAAAUUUGAAAUCAAAAUAUAUUACGAUUCACAAAGGUCACUAAUGAUAAGGAUUCGAUCUAUGGCUAAUGUUGCUCCAAAUCUUUGUGACAUCUUUGUGUUUUGGCUUAAACUUUCUGAUGAAGAUAAACAUCUGAUGAUAUUUACAGAUUUUCCGUAUAGUAAAAGGAAGAUGGCGAAAUUCUUAAAAACAAAAUUGGAUGCAAUAAGAAAAGAUAUAGACCAUCCCGGCAAUCUUCAUCAGCAAAUAAAAGAACUUAAAGAAGAGAUACCUAAUGUACGGGAUCCUAGAGAAAGGGCUUCAAUGUCGAAACAACUAAUGUCUCUUCAGGAAAAAUUUACCAGAGCGUUUCAUUCUAUGCCUAAGCAGAGUGCAGAGGUAAAGAGAUUGAGAAAAUGUAUUAAAUAUUUAAAUACUAGUGUACAGCAUCAGGUUGAAAUGUCGCUGUAUUUUAAUAUUAUGUACGUUUAUAAUAAAAUAUUUCUACCACGUACAUUAACGAGCGCUGAAUUAAAUCGUUUUCUUAAAAAAUAUCAAAGAUCAGUAAACACACAAAUCAGACAUAAUCAAAAGUACAUGGAAAAAAAAAAUGAAGAAUGUAAAAAGCAGAAGAAACAAAAACCUAACCCUUAUGAAUCAUUUGUACAAAAAAUAAUAAAUACCAAUGAAUCGAAAGGUAAAGCAAAUACAUGCAAUAUUACCGAUACUCCACCAAAACCUAGCGCUUAUCAAACAUUUGUACAAGAAAUAAGAAAUUACAAUGAAUUGAAAGGUAAAACAAACGCAUGCAAUACUAAUGAUGCUGCACAAUCAACAAAAUCAUCUGUGAAACAUAAUAAACAAACUUCAACUGUUAUUUCUACUACUGUUGAACAUCCUGUGAUGACUAAUACUGUUCAGUAUGACAACGUUACAGAGGGUAGUACAGGGAACGCUCGCGUGGAAAAUAUUAAUAUGGAAACUAAUAUUAACGAAUCUAGUACAGUUUAUCCUAUAGAAAGAAUAUCGUUACCACGCGACCAUGUGCGGAGAAAAGAUAGCGAAGUGAUAGAUACUGUAAAGAACUACAGUACUACUCCAUCUUCGAAGCCUAGACCUAUGGUAACAAGAUCCAUGUCAAAAGAUACGGUUGUUCGACCUAAUUUAAUAACUGUACCGAUUGAAACCACAGGGAGUCUUGUGAAGCACUCAAAGAAAAAACAUUCUGAAAUAGAACCACCACAAAAUAGUGCCGAAAAAUCAUCAGAACAAACAAGCGACAGUAGCAAAGUAAUGGAUACAUCUUAUUCAGAACAAGAUGAUGCAGCUAAUUCUGAUGGAAAUGCUACAAAAAAGAAAAAAUCGAAAAAAUCGAAAAAAGCAAAAACAGACCUUGAUGAUAGUUUGCAAGUUACAGAAGAUCAAGCGACAAAUUCUGAUGGAAAUAUAGUGAAUAAAGCUCAAACCGUUAUAGACGAAGCUCUUGCAUUUAGUUUGCCGCAUAUGAAUAAAGCUGCGGAAGAAGUUCAGAAAAGGAUAAGUAACAACAAUCUUAAGCAAGAGCACAUUAAUGUGUUGCAAAGACUAAUAAACUUAGAGAAAGAACACCAACAAUAUGUGAGUUCUUUUUGUAAUUAUUUACAGUGAACGUUAAAGCUUUUAUUAUAUUCUAAUUUCAAAUGUAAUACCGAAUUAUUAAAGCUUUUAAUAUUUUCAA